AUGUACCCCAAGGAGACAGGUUGGAGGGUUCUGCAGUACGAUUUCACUGCAGGCGGCAAGCGUGCCUUCAGUCCUGUGCUCAGCCCCCGUUUGACCCCGCUGCCACCACAGGCAGCCCUGCUGGUAGUUGCACGUGCCAGCCGCACCUGCGCGACCACCACCACCCGAGUUGACCGCGGAGGUGCCGUUUGCACUUCCCGCACCGGCUGGUCUCUCAAGCACACUUCACUUCGCACUGUUUCUCAAGGAACAUGGAUGCGAAGUAAAGCUACUUCGAAUUAUCCAUCGCACAAAGGGGUCUCGAAGCAAUUUACCUACACAAAAAACUCCCGUACAUCGAGGCAAUCAGGUCGACCGUUUUCGGCCGGAGCUAGAAGUCAAGACAGCGGCUUCUGUACCAACACCGCUGCUACAGGAAGUGACCAGGAAGCGAGUGAAUUGAGUCCACCUCUACCUGUCUAUUCGUGGGAAUCAACAGCAGAGGAAGUAGCAAUUAGCUCCAGAAACAAUACAACCCUAAGAAGCCCCGAUAGGUCAAUGGAAAGGCUCUCUCGCAGUGCAUUCGAAUUGGACAUCCCCGACAUGCGCACAACACGAGAAGAGCGAGAACGCAGUAGACGGGAGAUGCGUGAAUUGAACGAAAAGCUGGCUGAGCAGGUCGAAGGAAUGCGCUACUUGUCAGCCCACAACAGGCAGCUCACCGAGGAGAUAGCCAGCCUGAAAUCUCGUUGGCUAACUGAAUCAGAAAAGACGAAAGAGGUUUACGAAGGGGAAAUGCAACAACUUCGUCAACUCCUCGACGACUCAGAUAGGGAAAAGGCAGAAAGUCUUUCAAAGCUUCUAUCAGCUCAACAGUUCAAUAGGAAUCUGGAAGAACAAAUUGAACAGUUAGUUCAAGAAAACGAGAAGGUAAAAAGAAGAUUGGAACAGGCUUUUGAUGAUAUGAACAAGCGUGAUGGUGACCUGAACACGCUGCAGCGCCGGCUCAAUGACCUUGAAAGUGAACUUGAAAAAGAAAGAAUGAAUGCUGAUAAACUGAGACGAGACAACGAAACCAUUUGUCAGCACCUUGACGAGGAGACUGCGAAUCGCAUGUCUGGCCAAUCGGAGAUGCAGACGCUUCGCGAGGAGAUCGAAUUCAUGCGUCGGGCACACCAGGAGGAGAUUAGGGAGAUGCAUCGCACAUUAGAUGACGUUGGGAAGGGAUUUGACCGAGAAAUGUGGCAGAAUGAGCUCAGCCAGGCCGUUCACGACAUCCAGAACCGAUAUGAUGAACAACUCGAAAAACUCAAAUUCGACAUGGAAGAUGUGUACAAUGCAAGGUUGUGUGAACUUUCCAAAGCGAACACCGACCAAAAAGCCGAACUUAAUGCUCUCAAGUCAGAAAACUGCCGUCUUAAGCAGAAUUCGGAUGGAAUGCGUGAGCAGCUUGUGCAAGUUCAAUCAAAGAAUUCGUAUCUGGAAAAGACGAUGCGCGAGGUGUCGGCAGAAGCUGAGGAGUUGCGCCGCAGAAUUGACAAUGAAUUGUCAGAGUCUGCAAAGGAACGAGAAGCGGCGGAGGAGGCGCUGGGGAAGGCACACAGCGAGAUGGCGGCACUCAUGGAUGUGAAGCUCAACCUUGAGGCUGAAAUAGCCGCCUAUCGGCGUCUUCUUGACGCCCAGGGUGGCAUCCUUAACGCUAGUAAGGAGACUGUCUACGUUCCAUCAACGUCUACCAGAAGUAGAACCCCUCGCGAAGUCUACUCUGGCCCUCGACCCUCCAGCUUGAGCCCUCAGAGACGAACUGGCUCAUCUGUGCCCCCUUCAGAUGCAACUCAUCGAUUUCUGGAAAGGAGUGAUCCAUCAGGUUCCUCGGUUCGAUCAAAACUAGUUGAAUUCGACGGUGAAGGCGAACAGCAUUUGUCAUGCAGCUAUAAACCAGCAAAACCUGUGCGAACGUCCCUUGAACCGGCUUUUUCUUACCUUUUGUUGUUAGACAGACCAAAUCAAAGAGGAGUUCGGGCGGAAUUGACAGCGCGAACACAAUUCGACAAGUCCUACAAAGGCGCAAUUUCUAUCGACGAGUGCUCCCCUGAUGGGAGGUACAUCGUCAUCACAAACAAUGGAAAUACGACUGAAAACUUGAAUGGUUGGCGCAUUGUUCGGAACGUCGAGCACGGAAAACAAAUAAUCCGCUUCACCUUCGGAGACACCCCAAUGUUGCCUAAGAGUAGUCGGAAGGUGGGUGCAGCAAUCAACUUACUUGACUUUUGUAUAAUUGCCAUCAGUUUGGAUUUUAUUACAGAUAUGGGCAAGAGGUCAACUUGGGAUAGAUGCUGGACCGAGGGAUUUAGAAUCGCCCUAUUCGACGUGGGGAGUUGGUGGAUACAUUUAUACUACGUUAUUUACCAUGGACGGAGAGGUGGCGUUUUGAUAGGAUUUUACCCAUUCUAG